UUGGUUUUACAAUAUUUCACAAAUAUACUUCUGAGUUAAACAAACUGCCAUGAGAUAUUCCGCUCUUUGGCGUUCGGUGGGCGCCAUGAGCUGUGGUUCUUUGGUGACCUACUUGACCCUUCGGCUGCUCGAUGCCCAGAAAUCCUCGAUUUUUCCGAGUGGAGAGGAAGGAGAGGGUAAGAGGGAGUUGAGUGGCGCCUGGCUGCAUCAUUGGGAUCUCCGCAAGCCGCAGCUGCAAAAGGUGUCGAAUGGCGCGGAGUCGUCGGCCCUGCGACAUAUUAUCCUGGUGCGACAUGGCGAGUACACGAAGACCCUGAACGGAAGCCACCUCACGGAGCUGGGACGUCGGCAGGCGGAGAGGACGGGCCAAAGGUUGCGGGAAAUGGACCUGAGCUGGGACCAUGUGGUGGCCUCCACAAUGCCGCGGGCCGAGGAGACGGCCAUGAUCAUCCUGAAGCAGCUCAACCUCGAUCCCCUGAAGAUGAAGCGCUGCACCUUGCUGCCCGAGGGCACUCCCCAUCCGGGCGAUCCGCCCGCCAAGAGGAGUGCCCGCAGCCUGGAGCUGGCCUACCGACGCGAUGGCCCGCGGAUCGAGGCCGCCUUCAGGCGGUACUUCUUCAGGGCCAGUCCGGAGCAGGAGCACGACUCUUACCUGCUCAUCGUGGGCCACUCGAAUGUGAUCCGCUAUCUGAUCCUGCGGGCCUUGCAACUGCCGCCGGCUGCGUGGACGCGGCUCAACCUGAACCACGGCUCCAUCACCUGGCUAACUGUGUGGCCCUCGGGCUAUGUGACCUUGCGCUGCCUCGGCGACUCCGGCUUCAUGCCCGUGGCCGAGCUGACCCAUCGAAGGCCUUCGUCGUUGCCGGCAUAAUGAGACCAUAACUAGCUCAUGAUUAAAGCUCUACUCCCGGA